UUUGCUCAACCAAAACCAAAAAAGCCAAAAGCAAAGGCCACAACUUCAGACGCCCCGUUCGUCAAUUUCUUCUCCCCAAUCCCACUCUCAAUUUUCAACGGGGUCUUUCUUAACUUUCACCUCUCUAUUUUAUUUUCCAUUUCCAAUUUCAUUUUCAGUUAUCUCUUUUAGAUUUCCUUAGGUUCUUCCCUAGAUCGAGUCGCAGAAGAUCCAAACCCCGAUCAAUCUCUAGGGUUUGAGCCGGAGGGCGCGAAACCAUGGAGAAUAUGAUGAACAAGCUCCGCAAUUUGGACGCCUACCCCAAAAUCAACGAGGAUUUCUACAGCCGUACUCUCUCCGGCGGCGUCAUCACCCUCGCCUCCUCCAUCGUUAUGCUCCUCCUCUUCCUCUCCGAGCUUCACUUGUAUUUACAUGCCGUGACGGAGACGAAGCUUGUGGUGGAUACUUCAAGAGGAGAAACGCUGCGUAUUAAUUUUGAUGUAACCUUUGCUGCGCUUCCUUGUUCGAUACUCAGUCUUGAUGCCAUGGACAUUAGUGGAGAGCAGCACCUUGAUGUUAAACAUGACAUUAUCAAAAAAAGAUUAGAUUCCCAUGGAAAUGUUAUAGAAUCAAAACCAGAUGGAAUUGGUGCUCCCAAGAUUGACAAGCCUUUACAGAGGCAUGGUGGCAGACUUGAGCACAAUGAGACCUACUGUGGCUCGUGUUAUGGUGCAGAAGCGAAUGAUGAGGAUUGUUGUAAUAACUGUGAAGAGGUCCGUGAAGCUUACCGGAAGAAAGGCUGGGCCAUUUCAAAUCCAGAUUUGCUUGACCAGUGCAAAAGAGAAGGGUUUUUGCAAAGAAUUAAAGAUGAAGAAGGUGAGGGAUGCAAUAUCUAUGGGUUCUUGGAAGUCAAUAAGGUGGCUGGAAACUUCCAUUUUGCACCUGGGAAAAGUUUUCAACAAUCUAAUGUUCAUGUACAUGAUUUGCUGGCAUUUCAAAAGGAUAGUUUCAAUAUAAGUCACACAAUCAAUAGACUGUCUUUUGGAAACUAUUUCCCCGGUGUUGUCAAUCCUCUUGAUGGGGUGCACUGGACUCAGGACAACCCAAGUGGGAUGUAUCAAUACUUUAUCAAGGUUGUUCCUACUGUGUACACAGAUGUCAGUGGGCACACUAUCCAGUCAAAUCAGUUCUCUGUCACUGAACAUUUUAGGGGUACAGAAUUCGGCAACAUUCAGUUCCUUCCUGGAGUGUUUUUCUUCUAUGACCUUUCCCCGAUAAAGGUAACUUUCACAGAGGAGCACAUUUCUUUCUUACACUUCUUGACAAAUGUGUGCGCCAUUGUUGGAGGUGUUUUUACUGUGUCUGGAAUAUUGGAUUCAUUUAUAUACCAUGGUCAGAAGGCUAUUAAAAAGAAGAUGGAAAUUGGCAAAUUCAGUUGAAUGGUUCUGUUGGCAUAAGUUGCUGCUGUAAUUGUUGAUUUGUCAGUCAAUGGCUUUCUGGACGGAGGCGAGAUAGGAAUGAGGAAGCAUGUAAUGUAUUCGUCAAAGUGGAUUCGGCUGGCAUCGUAUGACCCACAAACUAAAAUUUUGUCAUGAAUGGGAUUUGAUCAAAUGGAUUAGAAUUAAAUUUUCUUAAUUUAGAGAUGCCAAAUGCCACAAUAGAACAGUUUUGUAACCGCAGUCAUGAUGUGAAUAUGCUUCAAAAGUUACGGCGUU